AUGCAGAGCAUCAUACCAAGUGUGAAGUGUGUUGGGGUCACCAUCCAAUGGACUGCCGAUGUAACUGAACAUGCCCAUGUAUCGGAGAUCAAGACACCUGCAUCAGCUAGCAAUAACAAUAACUAUGAUCCUCAAAUUUGCCAGUACCUCGAUCGUGCUGAAAAAUGUAGGAUGUUUGAACUCACAACAUCAUUAUAUGAAUCAAAGACUCACUCCCAUGGUUGUGUGGAAGAAAAGUCCUUGGAGGUUGAGGAUGGGAGUUCUGAUGAUGGCAACAGUGAGAUCAGUGAUCAUGAGGAGGCGAAUCUAGUUUCCAAGAUGCCAGGUCCCAUGCAGCCCAUCACCAAUUACUUCGCCAUCUCUGCAUGCCUCAGGACCCAGGAUUCAGACUCCAUUCCCUUCCCCUUGUGUAGUUUUAUCACAGAUGGUAUGGCGAUCAACCUUUCCUAUGACCCACCCUUGCGACACAUUAGUGUUGAUGGUGCUGCCAAGAAGUUUGGACUACUUGACCUCUGA